AUGGCACAGGACACCCUCGCCACCAUCACCACAGAGCUCACGCACACCCGCCGCGGCGAACAAUCCCACACCCCCCACCGCGUCUACCACCUCGUCAACCCGACCAAGACCGCCUGGGCCGACCUCGUGCCCGCCAUCCAGGCCAAAUACCCCCACGUGCAGGCGGUGGGCUUCGACGCCUGGCUCCAGGAGCUGGAGGGCAUCCCCUCGCCCAGCGAGGAGGAGGUCCGCGCGAAGCCGGCGCUGAAGCUGCUGGAUUUCUACCGCGGGCUGAGUGGGAGCGUGCUGUCGGCGGAGAUUGCGGUGGAGCGGACGAGGCAGGGGAGUGAGACGAUGGCGAGGUUGGGGGGUGUGACGGGGGAGUUGAUGGGGAAUUGGUUGGAGCAGUGGGGGUUUUGA